GCUUUUAUUCUGAAACACCCGGACCGGAAGCGUCACUGUUGUUGCACCUGGAGAGAGCGAGGGAAGCUCCCGUCACUUUCUCACAGCUGAUUUCGCUCUAAAUAACUUCAUAUUCAAGCCUGAGGUGAAACAGAGCGGUGACGGUAUCCGACAAUGAUUAUCCCUGUCCGGUGCUUCACGUGUGGAAAGAUCGUGGGUAACAAGUGGGAGGCAUACCUCGGUCUACUGCAAGCCGAGUACACUGAGGGCGAUGCUCUCGAUGCCCUGGGCCUGAAGAGAUACUGCUGUCGGAGGAUGCUCCUUUCUCACGUGGAUCUUAUUGAGAAAUUAUUGAAUUAUGCUCCACUGGAGAAGUGAUUGUAACCAUCCACCUUCAACAACCACAAGGACUUUGUGGGGUUGUGGCAAGGACAGAUUCAUGUUAUUAUAUUAAUGUGUGACAACAACAAAUGCCGACUACAGUGGAAACUUAAUGUGUAGAUUUGAGAAUUUUUUUUCUAAAUAAAGCUGUGAAAUGACA